AUGGAGGCACCGGGCUGCCCGACCUUCCCCCCUCCUCACCGGGCCGGACCCCUCCCGGGGCUCCCCCGUUCUCCCACCGCAUUCACCGGGACUCCACCGGGACUCCCUUCCCAGUACCCGCCGCCGCUCAGCCCCCGCCCGGCUCGCUGUCCACCGGACAAGGCAGAGCCUCGGUACUUGGGGGUCACCAGCCCGGGCCCCGUCGCCCUGCCCGUCCAUGCGAAGCCGUUCUGCCCGCCCGGGGCUGCAGGCAGCGAGAAGGGAUGCAAAGGAACGUACCAGGCGGUGCCCGCAGCCUGCAGAGCCCCCAUGAAAGCCUCAGAGGAACCGAGGUGCCUUCUGGCAGCACCCAGCCUCCGGGAACGGGGGUUGCCCGAGCUGCCCGAGCCCCUGGGCAAGAGCAAGAAGAGGAGGAACAGGACGACCUUCAGCACCUUCCAGCUGGAGGAGCUGGAGAAGGUCUUCCAGAAGACUCACUACCCUGAUGUCUAUGCCCGAGAGCAGCUGGCACUGAGGACAGACCUGACCGAAGCCAGGGUGCAGGUCUGGUUCCAGAACCGCAGAGCCAAGUGGCGCAAACGAGAACGCUUCGGGAAAAUCCAGGAGCUGCAGCACAACCUGUGGCCAAGCCCCGGCCCCGGCAGCCCCGGGGGGCUCCUGCCGGCCGAGAGCAUCCCCACCCCCUGCAUGUCUCCCUACCCCUCCCCUCACAGCAACCUCACCAGCUUCAUGGGCAUCCCCUCUUCCCCCGGCCCCCAUCCGGCCAUCAACAGCCUCUACUCCCUGCACAGCCUCCCCGCCCCGGCCCUGGGCACCCACCACUUCGAGACCCCCCCCGAACACGACUACAAACCUCCCACCUUGGUGCCCCUGAGGGUGAAGGGCAAAGAGGCCACCAGCAGCCUGCUGAAUUGGGCUACGUGA